ACUGUCUUCUGUCUCGCUUCCAGGUGCGAGGCUGGUGCCAAGGAGAUGGACAGCACCUUGCCCGCAGUAGCAGAAGAGCUUCUGAAAGAGAUCAAAAGGGCUUUUCAGGAGACUGCACACGUUCCCGAUGACCUGCUGCUGGGGCUGAAGUUCAUAUUUGGCCCAUCUGCUGUCCCAGCUUUGGAUCUGGUGGAUCAGCGUUCUGUCACCCGAGUCAUGUCGCCCAGCGGAAGGACUGCCUACCAGGUCCUUGGGAGCUCAGGCAAACUCUACACCUGCUACAGUUCCUGCCACUUCUGCACGUGUCCUGCUUUUGGUUUUACUGUGUUGCAGAAGAGCGAGAGUCUUCUGUGCAAACAUAUACUCGCUGUCUACCUCAGUCAGGCUGUGGGAGCCUGCCAGGAACUGACUGUCUCUGAGGAGCAGCUCACAAGCAUCUUACUGGCUGAGGAAGAGGAUGAAGGAUGAAGGACCUGGAUCACAUGCAGGUGUGCUUUCUGUGUACCCUCCCGGCUGUGUAGCCGGCAUUUUUUGUAGCUGGCUGUCUGUAGCUGGCUGUCAAAUGUUCAUCGUGGCUGGUAGGUUUCUUCCUGUGCUGCAGCCAAGCAUGACAUGAAUUAGCAGCCUUGCACUGACAGAUUGAUUAAUUAAUAAAUGUUAAGAAACCUGUGUUGAC